AUGGAACUUACCACAUCACUACGACUGGCACUACCUGGCUUUCUGGAUGAUGGAAGGUUGAAUUCAACCUUGGUGCAACUUACUCCUCUGACCGAAGGUGAGAUUUUAGAGACGCCUAAUUUGAUGAGGUUUUCCUUUAGUCAACUCCAAAGAUCCACCAUGUCCUUCCGUCCAAAAAGUUUAUUUGGUGACAUCUUUAAGGGCUGGAUUGAUGAGAAUACAUUUACCGCUGCCAAACCGGGGACUAGCAUGGUUAUAGCUGUGGAAAUACUAGAUUUUUCGAGCCACCCGGAAUGGUUGGCAGAAAUUAAUUAUUUGGGGCAGCUGCAUCAUCCUAAUCUCGUGAAAUUGGUCAGGUACUGUUUAGAGGAGGGUCGUUUUCUGGUUCAUGAGUUCAUGCCGCAGGGUAGCUUGGAAUAUCAUCUAUUUAGGAGGCCGCCUUAUGUUGAACUGCUUUCUUGGAACCUCCGUAUAAAGGUUACUCUUGGCGCUGCGAAGGGACUCGCAUAUCUUCACGGUCUAGAAGAAAAAGUGAUAUACAAAGAAUUCAAAUCCUCUAAUAUCUUGUUUGAUUCUGAACGUGAAACAGGUUCAAUUGACUUCACUGUAAAGCUUUCUGUUUCUGAGUCCGCCAAGGCUGGGCGAUUAGAUCAAGGUUGUUAA